UACAAACCAACAUCACACAAGAUCCGUCAUCAUGCAGCACUUAUUAUUGGCGUUUGCUCUAUUUGGCUACGCUGCGGGACAAUACGGUGCUUUUCGUGGUUUUCCAAAUCAAAAUGCUUAUCGACCAACGUCUAGGCCAAACUUCCCGCAACCGACGAUACAACCACAAUAUACGCCUCAGUAUAAUAGUCCUGGGAGAUUCGUAGCUAUCCGUAGCCAGCAGAAAGAUACGUACCCAGACGGAUCCUAUACGUUUAGCUACGAUACGGAAAACGGAAUUUCUGUUGCUGAAAGUGGACGUCCGCAAGGUACUGGACAAGGACAAAGCGAGGUUGUUCAAGGUAGAUUUUCGUAUUCUGCACCGGAUGGAACCCCUAUCACUGUAGAGUAUACGGCCGACGAAAAUGGUUUCCAUCCUCAAGGUGCGCAUUUACCGACUCCCCCUCCAAUUCCAGAAGCCAUUAGACGAGCUCUUGCUGCCAAUCCACCUGGACCCGACGAUUCAGAUUAUAGACAACCAUACAACCCAAAUCUUUACCGAAGAUAUUGA